GCAGGGAGGAGGCACAAAAAAAAAACUUAAGUAAAAUGUCCUUAUAAAGACAAAAUCUAUUUCUUUCUUGGCUGGUGAUUUGCCAUUUUAGUCACUUCCUGCCUUGUGACCGCACACUCGGGGUUGACAAAGUUGUUCUGCAGAUCAGAAAGAAGGGGUUUUCUGGUCACACGCCAGUACCAUUGAGGACAGUUUUUCUACAAGAUCUGUUGCCUAAAGCAAUAAAAAAUGGCCAGAGGAUCAGUGUCCGAUGAAGAAAUGAUGGAGCUCAGAGAAGCUUUUGCCAAAGUUGAUACGGAUGGCAAUGGGUACAUCAGCUGCAAUGAGUUGAAUGACUUGUUCAAGGCGGCUUGCUUGCCUCUGCCUGGGUACAGAGUGAGAGAAAUUACAGAAAACCUGAUGGCUACGGGUGAUCUGGAUAAGGAUGGGAAGAUCAGCUUUGAUGAGUUUAUCAAGGUUUUUCAUGGCCUAAAAAGCGCAGAUGUUGCCAAGACCUUUAGAAAAGCAAUCAAUAAGAAGGAAGGGAUUUGUGCAAUUGGUGGCACUUCAGAGCAGUCUAGUGUUGGCACCCAACACUCCUAUUCAGAGGAGGAGAAGUAUGCCUUUGUCAACUGGAUAAACAAAGCCCUGGAAAAUGAUGUUGAUUGUAAGCAUGUCAUCCCAAUGAAUCCAAAUACGGAUGAUCUCUUCAAUGCUGUUGGGGAUGGCAUUGUUCUUUGCAAAAUGAUCAACCUAUCAGUGCCAGACACAAUUGAUGAAAGAACAAUCAACAAAAAGAAACUCACCCCUUUCACCAUUCAGGAGAAUUUGAACCUGGCUCUAAACUCUGCCUCAGCCAUCGGGUGCCACGUGGUCAACAUCGGGGCUGAGGACUUAAAGGAGGGGAAGCCUUACCUGGUCCUAGGACUUUUGUGGCAAGUCAUCAAGAUUGGGUUGUUUGCCGACAUUGAACUCAGCAGAAAUGAAGCUCUGAUUGCUCUUCUGAGAGAAGGGGAGAGUCUAGAGGAUUUGAUGAAACUCUCCCCCGAGGAACUCCUACUAAGAUGGGCUAAUUACCACCUGGAAACCGCGGGCUGCUCCAAAAUCAGCAACUUCAGUACGGACAUCAAGGACUCAAAGGCUUACUACCACCUGCUUGAACAGGUGGCUCCAAAGGGAGAUGAAGAAGGUAUCCCUGCUGUUGUUAUUGACAUGUCAGGACUAAGGGAGAGAGAUGACAUCCAGAGGGCAGAGUGCAUGUUGCAGCAGGCAGAGAGGCUGGGCUGCCGGCAGUUUGUCACAGCCACAGAUGUUGUCCGAGGGAACCCCAAGUUGAACUUGGCUUUCAUUGCUAACCUCUUUAAUAGAUAUCCUGCCCUGCAUAAACCAGAGAACCAGGACAUCGACUGGGGUGCUCUUGAAGGUGAGACAAGAGAAGAGCGGACAUUUAGGAACUGGAUGAACUCCUUGGGCGUUAACCCUCGAGUCAAUCAUUUGUACAGUGACUUAUCAGAUGCCCUGGUCAUCUUCCAGCUCUAUGAAAAGAUUAAAGUCCCUGUUGAUUGGAACAGAGUAAACAAACCACCAUACCCCAAACUGGGGGGCAAUAUGAAGAAGCUUGAGAAUUGUAACUAUGCAGUGGAAUUGGGGAAGAAUCAAGCUAAGUUUUCCCUGGUUGGUAUUGGUGGACAAGAUCUCAAUGAAGGAAACCGCACUCUAACAUUGGCCUUGAUUUGGCAGCUAAUGAGAAGGUACACGCUGAAUAUUCUGGAAGAAAUUGGAGGUGGGCAGAAGGUCAAUGAUGACAUUAUUGUCCAGUGGGUGAAUGAAACAUUGAAGGAAGCAGGGAAAAGUUCAUCGAUCUCUAGUUUCAAGGACCCGAAGAUUAGUACAAGUUUGCCUGUUCUGGAUCUCAUCGAUGCCAUUCAACCAGGUUCCAUUAACUAUGACCUUUUGAAGACAGAAAACCUGAACGAUGAAGAAAAACUCAACAAUGCAAAGUAUGCCAUUUCUAUGGCUCGAAAAAUUGGAGCAAGAGUAUAUGCCCUUCCGGAAGACCUGGUUGAAGUGAACCCCAAAAUGGUCAUGACAGUGUUUGCUUGCCUCAUGGGGAAAGGAAUGAAGAGAGUGUAAGGCCCAGUGGGUGAGGCUGGAGGUGGCACACUCAUUCCUGACUGCUCAGCUGCACACGCUCCCAGGAAGCACGGAAACAAUUCAAGCCAUUCCAAAGUUUUCAACUUGGUGACAUUAUACAAGAUUCCAAAACGUGUAUGCUUAUUCAUCCAGGUAGCCUCUCCUGUAUUUGACAAAAAGUGUUUCCUUCUUUGCAGAAGACUCAACCUCUUACAAAUAUUUUUUUAUCAUUGAAUUUAUUGCUUCUUUGGAAAUCUAGAGAAAAAAAUAACUUAUUUUCCAGACACUGUUCCUGCUUGCUGCCAUUAGUCAAGUAUAGAAGCUGCCGUGUUAUUAAUUUUAACAUAAUCUUUCAAACAAGCUUAAUGUGGCUGCAUUUUUGUAAGGUGAGGGCCAUCAGAGGGGAUCAUCAACCCAGUCCUACAGCCUGUUUCUGGAGGCCAACAUUUGAUAUAUGACAAACCUCUAUUUUUGUCCUUCUCCUACACUCCAUCUCCCUGUGACAUUGCUCUCCACCCUCUCAGAACUAUGCCUUCUCUAGCCUACCUCUGUAGGCCAUCCUUAUCUCUGAGCCAUUUGGAGAAUUGACAAAUCAGUCAGGCUGUUGUGUCCCAAAGUGUCUCUGGCUUUUCCUCAGAACUGUCUUCCCACAUGUUAUCAGUUUUUGUUUUAUCAUCAAAUAGGAAAGCUUCUGGUUUUUUACCCAGGAUUUGGGCUCAGACCACGUGUAACACCUUGAAUACUGCGCCUUCAGGUAGAUUCUUAACUCUUGGUUAGACCCAAGGAGUGUGUAAUUGAGCAGCAAACCACGAGGGGGCAGUGUGGAGCCGUAACAAAGCAGCAGUCCUUUGGUGCGGCCUCUAAGUAUUCAGGCCGGCAUGUUAGGCCUGGUUAUUGUGGAAUGGCUAAAUAUCUGGUGACUGGGAACAAUCUGCUUUGCCUUCGUUCGCUCUUAGAUCUUAGUGUAUCUGAUUGCUGCCGGGCCGUAUUAUCAACGUUUACUGUUUUGGUACUGUAGAAACUUUUUACCACCCCCAAACUCCCAGGGGACAAUACGUGCCACUAAACAGGCCCCACCUCAUUGCCACCCACCCCAUGUCUCACACACACACACACACACACACACACACACACUCACACACACACACACACACACCAGCCAUACCUAGUCAGAUGUCAAGCUGGAUAAGAAUUACCUGAGUUGCUUUACGAAGAGCUAAUUUACUGGAUAUUUAAAGAAUUCCAAAACAAAACCAGAGGAACAGUGUGAAUUUAAGCAGCCAUAACAGAAUAUACAAUUUCCAUGACAAUCUACCAAAGGCUAAAAAGCAACAGAGCAUUGUAAACCAACAGUAGACUUUAUCUAGCGUGCUAAAAGGGCUCACCAAUGAGGCAUCUUCUUCAGGGGUGGUAUGUUAUGGAACUUAGCCAUUUUUCAAAGCAAUUGAAAUGCAUCGCCCUGCAUCUGCUCCUUGGCAGUGGUCUCAGGAAGCCAGUAUGUGGCUUCUCCCUGCCCAUAACCUGUAUUUCUGCAGUAUCUGAAUGCAAAGUGUCUGGCUUUGUCUUAAUCCGCACUUAACGCAGCCUCAAAUGAUUAUCCUCCGUCUGCCUCCAGGAAGAAUGUUACUGCCUUAAUGGAAAAUGAAGCUAAAAUAAUGUUCACGAUCUCUCCAAAUAAAAUGUUCCUUAUAUUGGA